UCUCAGGCCAUUUUCAAGACGGCAUUCCUUUCAUAUAUCGAGCCAUUGAGACACUUACUUCCACGGGGCUCCUCUAAUCUCGUCACCAUGUUUGCUACUCGUCGUCUUCUCUUUUCAACAAGAAUUACGUUCUUCACUCGGGAAACUUGUGGUCUCUGCACCCAAGCUAAGCAUGUAUUGUCAGAUGUUUGGGAUAAGAGACCCUUUGACUAUACAGAGGUUAAUGUCGAUCUCCCAAAGCCUGAGUCCAAGCAGUGGAGAGAUAUAUACGACUUUGAUGUCCCGGUGAUUCACAUCAGUAAAGCCUCCGCGCCUGAAGAAGAGCCAAGCAAAGUUGGUAAAGCAAUCAAAUUGAUGCACAGAUUCACUGCCGAGCAAGUCGAAGCUCAAAUGGACAAAGCAGAGGAAAACUAAUUUCUCAUUGCGGCACACAUCAAUACCCCUUUCCUCUGGUUGGUGCCAAGCUUCCAUCAGCGAAGCUGAGCUGCUCUUUGGCUACCAGUCCCAAGGACGUAUAAUCGGUUACUACAUUCAUCAUGUCAAACCCCUGAUCAGCGUAUAUCUUUGCCUGCUCACCCCCUGUACAAUAUACGCCUGUCUUCUUGCCUGCUUUCUGACCCGCAGCAAGGAUCUUGGCAAUGGCGUCUUUAAGUUCCGUGGCCAUAACUCCUUCGAUAAUGGGAUGGCCGAGGGCGUUUCCUGUUGUGAAUCAAUACUUUUCCUUUGGGCCAACUUAGUAAUUUAUGGAAGACAUACCAAGGUCGAACGGUCCAAUGAAUAACACAUCGAUGCCAUCCACGGCAGCAAUCUCGUCGAUAGAUUCAAGUGCCUCCUUGGUCUCAAUUUGAACAAUGGUCAAGAGAGAAUCAUUUGCUUGCUGAAGAUACUCUGAGAAGCUUGGCUCAGGGUGGAAUCGCUCUGGAGCAAUGGGUGACCCGAAACCUCGACGGCCUAGAGGCGGAAACUUGGCAGAUUGCACAAGUUGUCUCGCUUCUUCAGGCGUUCUCAGCAAAGGCACAACAAUCUUUGUCUAGUCAGCAACAUGGCAUGGCUUCAGAGAGAUGGCAACUUACACCGUGAGCUCCACUGUCAAGUGCACCUGAGAAAUGUCAACACUGAGUUCCCAAGCAUGGAUAUCUCUGCAGUCUCACGCUUUACCAUCCAUCCUUGCAUAUCAGGCAGUCUCACAAUGGGCGAAACCCCUAGAGCCGCAAUUGCAGGGACGGCAUCGUGCAUUGCACCAUCUGGAUAUGUUAGGCCUAUAUUCAACCAUCUCAGUAUAGGUUCAACUCUUACCAUCCAAGUUCCCAUGCUCGCAGUCUACCAAGACCCAAUCAACUCCUGACCUUGCUAAAACUCGCGACACAUUUGCACCGGGAAGCAUCUGCCAAGCACCAAAUGCCUUCUUUCCCUCCAGAAGAGCUGUCCGUAAUCUAUUAGAUGCCUGCAUGGCAGACAAUCCAGACAUGUUUCUGGUUACCACCCGUGGCUGUAACGUGUUGGGCGUCAAGGCCGGUCGUAACCGGAGGGUUGCUGAAGUCCAUACUCUACUCAUAUUGUCUCGUUUUUACCUUGUAUAAUGGUCAUAGAUUGUGCAGAAAGCCAACAUGCUCGGGGAAGUAUCCUCCGAGAACCCAAUUUAUACCACAAAUAUCAGACAUUUCCCCGGAGGUCCCCG